AUGCAGGGGGGAGAUUCAGCAAAAUCGUUUCUUGAAAGGCUCAAAUACGGUGGGGAAGCGGCAGCCGCGAUUGACAAUUCAUCGCCGCCGGAUGGUGAUGGGGUUAUUGUGCGCCGACUUGAACGGCAAUAUGCAAGCGAGGCGUUGUCAGUGUUGGGGCUAAAACUUAGUGAUGACGCUGAGGUUUUAUCAACUGAAACCAACUCUCCGGCUGCAAAAGCCAAUAUAUGGCCGCAUUACAUGAUUAUUUAUGUGAAUAAUCAGUUUGUUGGAUGUCGUAACGAUUUUGAAGAUAUCGCAGCUCAACAUCUGACAUUAAUAAUUAAGCUGCAGACAACUAGCGCCAUGUCUGAGUUGAUGGCGAAAAUUUUGGAUGAGGAAGAAAAAAUGGAGACUGAAAGCGGUAAACUGUCUACGGAUAUUAAUGAACUUUUGCGCACAACUCCAAGAUACGGAUUUUUGUCGGCAGAACAUCCAAUGUUUCUUAGGUGGAAUCACCGAAUUCAAACGCAAAGGGAGGCAAGACAACUUCUUCGUCAGGCCACUCGGGAGGCAGAAGAGCAGUUAGCGAAAGAGGCCCUUGAUAAAAUAAGACGGGAGAUGGAGCCUGAAGAGACAAUACAACGUGAAUUGAAGCAGACUAUGCAACCGAUUGUGGAAUUUAAUCGUGAUUCCAUAAUAAAACCAGCUGAAGAAUUUCUUUUGAGGCAUGUUAGAGACGAAAGUUCUUUUGGCCGGGGAGAAGAAAUGAAUGCAACGAUUGAGGAUGAGUUUAAUGAAGAAGCUUCACCAGAAGAGUUAUUAAGGCUUAUUGGGGCCCAGCCAAAGGAAGAAGUUGCCCCUGCAAGUAUUCCUUCUGAAAGUGAUGGUGAAGUUCGCUUUUUCAUUAUUCCAACUGAGGAAUAUACUCUUUCUAACGGAAUGCGUGUAACUAUAAGCGUAAAAAAAAGGAGUGGCCCUAUCCCCAAGCCGCCCCCAGGGAAGCCACCUAAAGGACUUCGAGGGCUGGGAGUAAAUAAAGUGAAUGUUUCUGCAGCUUCAAUAAAAACUAUUAAUAGCGAGCUACUAUGCUCUUUUUGUUAUAUGCGUGGACAUAGCGUGGAUGAAUGUGCUGAGAAAAAAGAACAAGAAAGGAAGUUGACAUUGGCCCGUAAAGAGCGCCAAAUAUGCCGCGAUUUUUUGAGGGGACGGUGCACACGGUCUGACUGUGUGAUGCGACAUGUGUCACAACGUGGUAGGAGUCGAAGUCCACCAUCUCGUAGAAGAGACAGUGACAGACGUCAUAGAAGCCGUGACAGACGUCACCGUGGGAAAAGCCGAAAAAGUCAUCACGAUAAUCGACGUAAAAGGCGGAGAAGUCGGAGUGACUCCACCGAACGUUACCGUCGGCGAAAAUGA